GGAAGCUCGGGGCCGCGCAAAGCAAAUGGCCAACGCCAGCCAACGCCGGACAUGGUGUUGAAUGCCCGGGAGGCUGUGUUCCAUGUCACCACUAUCUCCACAGCCUGUGACAUCCGAGUGCUGUCAGUUUACCACUCUCUACAAAAACAGCCAAAACACUAGCAUCCCCAACCUAUUGACCUCCAGUCCUCAACUCGCCUCAGUCAACCUUUCCGGAAACCAGAUAGUUCCACAAAUUGGUGUCUACCCCACAACUGCGUUGCAUCAGAUGGAUCCUCGGCCAAGUCAGUCUUCCCUUAAGCCAUCCCUGAAACGAUCCCGCUGUGAACCAUCUACUACUAGUACUAGUCGGAAGAGAGUCGCAACUGCAAAUAGUUCAUCGGACUUAUUAGAUUCUCAAUCCGAGGAGCUUAAUGAAUGGCAGAAAGCCUCAAUAGCUUGGAAAAAGUCUUACGAUCAGAAAGUAGCCCAGUGUCUUGCGCGAAACCAGCUUCCCGUUGGACCGGUCGAGCAAUACAUGAACCUAACCUCAAGAAUCCCCGUGACAGAGCAGAGUCUUGAUAGUACCCAUAAUAUUCCUUCUCCUGUGAUCUCGCCACUUCCUCAAUCACCCAGAAGUGGCGUCGAAAAUUUAACAGAGGACCAUACUGAUUCGGCAGACCCGAACGAGUCUUCGGCGCCUACUAUUUUACCUCAGAGUCUCACAAGAAAGACGCAUUCGGGACGCGUUUUGCUCGCACCAGAAACACCAGACGUAUCAAUGGUACUACAGAAAUCAAGCGCAAUACUUGCACCAGAGACACCAGGCGUGCCACUCUUACGGCCAAAAUCAAGAAUAGUACUUGCACCAGGCACACCGGCAUCCCCCUCAAGCAGUCACCAGAUUAAGAAGGCCCCUUCUCACAUUAUCUCUCCUGGAUUAGGUAUUCGCCCCCAGAUCUCAAAUCAACAACAACAAGUCAACCAUCAUCAUGUUUCGAAUCGAUCAGAUACUUCCAAUAGUCGUGGCGUGCAUCGCACAACGAGUGAAACGAGUUCUUCAAGCGGAAUUAAGGUGAAGGAUACGAAGCUUCCCCGGCGAAGGUCAAAACUCAAGGAAAUCGACACAUUGGAAGCUUAUGAUAAACUAACCGCCAAGGAACGAUCCGCUCGAUUUCCGAGUGUUGAAAUAUGGGCAGCUUUCCUUACUGAAUCGAGUAGGAUAUCAGCCAAAAGGAGAAAAACCAAAGAUUUCAUGAGCCGAUGUCGUAUUUAUUACCUUAUCGACCCAAGAGUUCAGAGGAAUCUGGACGAUGCUGAUCGAAUGAGGAUGCGAAGGCUUUUCGAAGCUGGUGCUCAGAUUCAACCAGAGUUAAGAGCAAAACAGGUCACACACCUAAUUGUUCCGAACGACACCUCCUGGAAUUCAUGUCUCCGCGCGAUAAAAAAUCUGGUAGCUGAUCCGGUAGAAAGGCAAACAAUCAAAGACAUGUGUCUGUCUUCUUUGCAGAAAACACCGGGCGAUGAGUUGAUUUGGGUUAUGGAUUUCAAAUGGGUUUCUAGUUGUCUAUCCUACGGUGCGAUACCCGUUGAAAAAUAUACCUGCAUUCGACCUCGGGCAUCGAAAAUGGUAGGCUCAUCAAAACACACCUCGAUGGCACCCCCCGAAUCUCAAGAUCACAACCGAUCUGCCGAGGCAGACCACCCCAAUGACACCUCGUCCGAUGAAAUCGAAACCUCUGUAUCCUUACACCCAAACAUGUACCCAAUGCUGCUAGCUCCCUUCUUAGGCGAAUACGUGGAGAGCAAUAGAUCUAUGGUUGAACACUCUCACUCGGAAACACAAGCCAAGCAUCUAAGCCCCAUCUAUCCCUGAAAGCCAGGCCAAAGACACGGUAUGAGCUCAACAUAAGCAAUCCGCCUCGUGUAACUUAAUACACCUGGAUAAUCAUCAUUUUCUAUCCUAUCUGCAGAUGUCAAAUACUGUUUCUUU